AUGCAAGAACGAAACUUGUCAAUACCCGAACCUGUAUACCAACAGUUAAACAACAACUACGUAUUAUACUACAGAACUCUGAGCGGUCCCAGUGACAGCAAAUUGGUUCAGAACCCACUUGAAUUUGUUUGCCCUAUCUGUUUUUGGACGGCGGCUGUUAUUUUAUAUCAAAAACAUCGACGCUUGAUACGAAAAUUGAAUUAUCUUGUCAGCAAAGCUCGCUUUAUUUGGAUGACCCUCAAUUGCCACUUGGCUCCGACGGCAUCAGAACUGCACGAAGUGACCCUGGCGAAAUUGUUAUACUUCCAUGACCCUGAAGCGUGUGGAAGGGUGUACUUCUACAACUAUACAUCCGGAUCCUCCUCAAACAUUGUGUGGCCAGUGAAAAAUGAAAUUGCUGCCGCUUUUAGAGAUAAAAUGAGAGUAUGGCUAUCACUUCACGUAGUGUGGUUGCUAUUUGCGUUCCUCAAUAUGACAGUAAGGCACCGACCAUGUGGAUUCUAUACAGUAUCAGUACCGUUCGCUUUAACUGGAGUAGCUAUAAUUACAGUGGAUUUAGUAUAUAUGACGUUAUUUCUAAUGGACACGAAAUACACGAUGACUGAAGUCGAUAUAUUGCUGUAUAUUAAUUCAAACAAACAACAUGUCAAUGCCAUAAGAAAAAGACCGUCAGACCUGACCAUGGAGAAGACAGAAAAUGCUUCUUCUGACACAUCUUGGGUAUCAUUACUGUUAGCAUACAUGAGCUGUAGAGCGUUGGUGCAGUGGUUUAUUAACUUUUGGCUUGUGAAGGAUAACUAUUUCGAAAGCCUUUCGAAUUACCGUCAAAUACAAUCUCAGCAUCAUAACACGGACCGGUCGAAGAAAAGUUCGCAAUCUUCUCAUGCAUCUAUUUAAACAUCGCUCGUCGUUUUACGUGCCUCUACAUCAUUAAUACAUAGUAUAAAACAAACCGUCACUGUCUGUCCGUCCCUAUAUAUGCUUAAAUCUUUAAAACUACGGAACGGAUUUUGAAGCGAUACUUUUAAUAGAUAGAGUGAUUCAAGAGGAAGGUUUAUAUGUAUAAUACAUGUGCGAAGCUAGGGCGAGUAACUAGUAUUAUAUAUUUAGCACUACGUUACUGUACGUUAAAUUAUAAAUAUAUAUAACUUUAUGAAUAAAUAGCUUAAAUAUAACAUGUUAUCUAUAAACAUUUAUAUCUUUUACUUACUUAAGAUAUCACAAGUUUCUUGCUCAUUCUUCUUGUGAUGAAUCUGCGUUCCGAAUGACUGAUAGUAUAAAAAAAUAUGACAAUUCAAAAUUGUAAUGAGUUUAUUUGAAUAAAGAUUCUUUCUAUUUA